AUGACUCUUGGCUCCCCAACCUCUCCAAAGCCAGGAGCCAGCGCUCAGUUUCUCCCUGGAUUCCUGAUGGGCGAUUUACCUGCGCCAGUGACUCCGCAGCCACGGGCUCUGAGCGGCCCUUCAGUCGGUGUGAUGGAAAUGAGGUCUCCCUUGCUUACAGGAGGAUCUCCCCCGCAACCAGUAGUCCCUACACAUAAAGAUAAAAGCGGUGCUCCACCAGUUAGAAGUAUCUAUGAUGAAUUAUCUAGUCCUGGACUUGGGUCAACACCUCUAACCUCAAGAAGACCAGCCAGCUUUUCUCUGACACAGAGCUCAUUGGUUGGAACUAUGCCAUCAACUCCUGGAACAG